AUGUCAGAAGAGCCACUAAAGGCUCCGGUAUUCUUCAGGCCACUUUCGGCUGCAAAGUUACAGGCAUACCCUAUUACAGAGCAUAAGGAGACACUGUCUCAUUUGGCGAUGCUGGACGAUACUUUGAAGAACAUGCCAAGGCACUCCGCAAUCAGCAUUGCAAACGCUCUUUGCAGCCGUCUUACGUGGGAGGUGGAGGGUUUAUGUAGGGCAAACACGCCAGAAGAUGACGAGGAUGAGAGAGAAGAAGGCCCCUUUAUACGGUUGACGGAAUGGAGAUAUCGAGGGGGCUUCACUAAAUCGAUAUUUAAAGACAACAUCGUGGAUACAAUAUUCCGCGAGAAGAGCCCCGAGUUCAGCCCCGUGGCCGCAUGA